AUGGCGCACAGCUCGCCGGGAGAAGAACUUCUGAUAGACUUGUCGUCUCCAGGCUGUGAUGCAGGUCACGCACCACUUAAGACAGCCGCCCUUCAAGAUGUCGCCAAGUCUCAGCACCCUGCCAAGAACUAUGAAGACUCAGAAAGUGACGACGAACUGCCAAACUCCGGAGUUGCUCACAAUAUCUCGGAGAAGAAGCGUCUGCAACAGGCCCUUUUCAGUUCAUGGGUUGCAAAACGUGCAGAACAAGUAACGGACCGAGAGGUGAAGGAAGCUCUAAAGACGGCCAAUGAUGACUCCCUCUCCAUUCGAAACUUGUUGGCCAAACAAGAUUCCAACGUCAUAACCGAUCCACGCGAAUAUCAGCUGGAGCUCUUCGAGAGGGCCAAAGAAGAGAAUGUCAUCGCUGUACUUGAUACUGGUUCGGGAAAGACCCUCAUCGCUGUGCUUCUGCUCAAGCAUAUCAUCGACAAAGAGCUCGAGGAUCGUGCAGCGGGCAAAGCUCCUCGCAUUUCCUUCUUCCUCGUUGAUUCUGUAACAUUGGUUUUCCAGCAAUUUGCUGUUCUGGAGUCUAACCUCGAUCAGAAGGUGGAGCGUUUCUGUGGAGCAAUGAGGUGUGAUCUUUGGUCAAAGCAGACUUGGACGAAGCACUUCGAGCAGAACAUGGUCCUUGUUUGCACCGCUGAAGUCCUCGCCCAGUGCCUCAUGCAUUCCUUCAUCACCAUGGAGCAGAUCAAUCUACUAAUCUUCGACGAAGCUCAUCAUGCCAAAAAGGGCCACAGCUACGCUAAGAUCAUCAAUGAUUAUUACGUCCCUACAGAUCAGAGCAAACGUCCCAGAAUAUUCGGAAUGACAGCCUCGCCGGUGGAUGCAAAGGUGGACGUUGCUCAACCCGCUAGUGAUCUCGAAGCACUCUUACAUUGCCGCAUCGCAACCACCUCAAACCUGGACCUAUUGCGCAAGACAAUCAGUCGCCCGGACGAGAACGUGGUGAUAUACGCUCCACUUGAGAAGCCGUUCGAGACACCGCUGCACAUCAAGAUGAAAGAGAAGUUUGCCGACAUGGAAGCAUUCCGCACUCUCUUUCAGUCUUCCAAAGAGGCAAGCUCUCAGCUCGGUGCAUGGUGCUCGGACAUGUUCUGGUUUUAUGCUCUCCAGGAGGAAGAGGCAAAGAAGCUUGAGAGCCGUCGAGAACAAGAAUAUCACCGGAACAAAAGGUUCAAGUCGAUAUCGGCCCUCGACGAGGAGGUAGCAAGAUUGAGAGAAGCUGCAAAGAUGGUUAGCAGUCAUAUGUUCGGCGAGCCUCAGCUGAACUUGACAUGUCUGAGUUCAAAGGUCUUGGAGCUGCACAGUUGGCUGUUCCGGUACUUUGAACGGCCAACGAAAGCAAGGUGCAUCGUCUUCGUCGAGCGGCGAGACACUGCUCGUCUGUUGCACCGCGUCUUCAGCAGCAUUGGAGGCCAGCACCUCAAAUCCGGCAUGAUCGUCGGUAGUACGGGCAAAGGGAAUGACCUCAACAUCACCUUCCGCGACCAGGUCAUGACUCUCUUAAAAUUCAAAAAGGGGGAAUUGAACUGCCUGUUUGCAACCUCUGUUGCUGAGGAAGGCCUCGACGUACCCGACUGCAACCUAGUCGUCAGAUUCGACCUUUACAAAACGAUGAUCCAGUAUGUGCAGUCCAGGGGCCGAGCCCGGCACAAGAAUUCCCGAUACUUGCACAUGAUUGAGGAGGGCAAUUUACGCCACAGGCAGCUUGUUCUGGAAGCUCGCCAGGCAGAGAAGUUGAUGCGGCAGUUCUGCGAGGCUUUGCCGGAGGAUCGCCUCCUGAAAGGAAACGACGCGGAUCUGGAUGACCUCAUUCUCGAUCGCACAGACUUUAGAACUUACACGGAACCCAGCACCAAGGCGAAGCUCACCUAUGAUUCCAGCCUCAGCGUCCUUGCUCACUUUACAGCACUACUCCCCAGGCAGGGAGAAGUUCCUUUUGAUCCUCUCUAUAUUGUGUCCCCUCGGUCAGGUAAAUUCAUCUGUGAGGUUAUCCUCCCAGAAAAUUCACCCAUCCCAUCAGCAAUGGGUCGUCUGUGUGCGCGAAAGGCUAUUUCAAAACGCUCAGCAGCCUUCGAAGCAUGUGUCCAACUCCGCGAAGGCGGGUACCUCGACGAGAAUCUCCUGCCGAUCUACACAAAGCAGCUUCCUGCUAUGAGAAACGCCCGACUGGCAUUGAAUUGCAAGAAGACUAGUGCGUACGAUAUGAUGACGAAGCCGCAACUAUGGGAAGCUACCCGUGGUACAACUCCGGAAGAACUACAUAUCACUGUCAUUGAACUUCCAGAUGGUCUUGAAAGGCCGAAUCAGCCGCUAGCGAUACUUACUCGUACACCUCUCCCAAGCCUUCCGGAGUUUCCAAUUUUCCUCAAUUCUGGAACCGCGAGUAUGGUCCAGCUGACGCCUUUGACGUCUGUCUUCAAAUGCAGCUUCGAUGAAGUUCAGUAUUUGACUACAUACACACUCAGGGCGUUCAAAGACAUCUUCAACAAGACAUACGAAGAGGACCACGCCAAGAUGUCCUAUUGGAUUGCCCCGAUGAAGGCUUGCUAUCAGGUGCUUGAUGGUGGAUUUUAUGGUUUACGAGACAUCCUCGAUUGGGCAGCUUUGGAGGAGGUCCAAAAGCACGUUGAGUACCAUUGGACGGCGGAGAUGUCGGAUGAUUUUCUUCUGGACAAGUAUCUGGUCGACAAGUGGGACGGAGGUCGGCGCUUUUUUACGGAAUGCCUUAAGGGAGAUCUGAAGCCGACAGACCCUGUGCCGGAAGACGCUGUCAAAGGAAAGACGGUUGAACACAGGAAAGACAUCCUGAACUACUCCAUUAGUCUGUAUAAGAUGUCAAGAGCGAAGGCCGACUCAACCUGGAACCGUGAUCAGCCGGUAAUCGAAGCAAGGCAGGUGCUCCAUCGCCGCAACAUGUUGGCGGAACCCGAGAGGCGUGAAGGCGAUCUCCGAUCAAAGGUGUACCUGUGUCCGGAACCUCUGAGGAUAUCAACGCUUCAUCCCGCAGCUGUGGCCACCAUCUACAUCUUCCCCGCUGUGAUCCAUCGCAUAGACCAAUAUCUCAUUGCGUUGGAAGCUUGUCAGCUUCUGGGACUGGACAUCCGUCCUGACUUGGCGUUGGAGGCGGUGACGAAGGAUUCGGACAACACCGAGGAACACGGAGAAGAGGUUCUGAACUUCCGCCGCGGUAUGGGCAACAACUACGAGCGUCUUGAAUUCAUGGGAGAUUGUUUUCUCAAGAUGGCCACCUCGAUUGCCCUCUUCGGAGAGAAUCCGGAUGACAAUGAGUUCGAUUUCCAUGUCAAGAGGAUGUGCCUGGUGUGCAACCAAAACCUGUUUGAAACUGCAAAAGAGCUGCAGCUCACCAAGUACAUCCGCAGCAUGGCAUUCUCAAGAAGAACGUGGUAUCCGGAUGGCCUAAAGAUGUUGGAAGGCAAAGGCCACAAGAGAACUGGAGAAGAAGUGAUCAAGCAUGGUCUUGGUGACAAGACUAUUGCCGACGUCUGCGAGGCUCUCAUUGGGGCGGCGUAUUUGACACACGACAGUCGAGACGAAUGGAAGCAAGAAAACUGGGAUAACGCUGUGAAGGCAGUCACCAAUCUCGUGGCCAGCCCAGAACACACCAUGAAGAAGUGGUCAGAGUAUUUUGACGCAUACGAGAAGCCAGCUUAUCUCGAUGCGGAGCCCACGGCCGCGCAAAUGGAUUUAGUCAAUCAAGCCGAGAAGGAGCACCCAUACCGCUUCCGUUCAGCGAAGCUGUUGAGAUCGGCCUUCAUACACCCUUCUUAUCCCUACACAUUCGAGAAAGUACCCUCCUACCAGCGCUUGGAGUUCCUGGGCGACUCGCUCAUUGACAACGCUUGUAUUACCUGGCUAGUCUACAACUUUCCGGACAAAGACCCUCAGUGGCUGACGGAGCACAAGAUGGCCAUGGUGUCCAACAGAUUUCUCGGCGCCGUCUGCGUGAAGCUCGGAUUCCACAAGCACCUCAAGUACUACCACUCACAGCUCGAAUACCAGAUCCGCGACUACGUCACCGAAAUCCGCGAGGCCGAGCACAACGCCAACGGAGCGCGCGAUUUCUGGGUGUCGGUCAAGCCGCCGCCGAAGUGCCUUCCCGACAUAGUCGAGGCAUACGUCGGCGCGCUGUUCGUCGACAGCGAAUACGACUUCGCCGAGGUCCAGAAGUUCUUCGAGAUGCACAUCAAAUGGUACUUCGAGGACAUCACCAUCUACGACUCGUACGCCAACGCGCACCCCAUCGUCCGCCUCCACCGCCUCUUCCUCGAGGUGCUCGGCUGCACCGAGCACAAGGUCAUGGUCCAGGAGCUGCCGACUAUCACGCCCGGCGCCCCGGUCAGGUGCAUCGCCGGUGUCAUGGUACACAACCGCAUUAUUGCCGAGGGUAUGGCUUCUUCUGGGAAGAACGCCAAGGCCAAGGCUGCGAAGUUUGCGCUUGACGACCUUGAAACCAUGCCGCUGUUCCAGUUCAAAGAGAUGUACGGAUGUGACUGCGACGAGCAGAGUGAUGAAGAGGAAUGCGGUGAUGACGAUGACGAUGCGGGUGAUUUGGUGGAGGUUGGUGAAGCCGAAGAUACUCAUGUUCGUAUUGUGAAGAGGGGAGUUUGA